AUGGAUUUUGAGAAAACGUGGAAUCAAAAUCCGGAAUAUGUGCAAUCCUUUGAUAAAUCCAAAAAGUUACCGAAACCAGGUGAAAAGAAUAUUUUGAUAACAUCUGCCUUACCUUACGUUAAUAAUGUGCCACAUUUGGGCAAUAUUAUUGGAUGCGUUUUGAGUGCUGAUGCUUUUUCAAGAUACUGCUAUUUGAAAGGUUGGCGCCGUUUGUUCAUUUGUGGUACGGAUGAAUAUGGUACAGCUACAGAAAGGAAGGCAGUACAGGAAGGAUUAACACCACGCCAAAUAUGUGAUAAGUAUCAUGCAAUACAUGCAAAGAUCUAUAAAUGGUUCAACAUCGAUUUUGACCGUUUUGGUCGAACAACUACGCAACAUCAAACAGAACUUACACAAGAAAUUUUCCUGAAACUUCAUAAGAACGGUUUCACUUCGACCGAUGUCGUUGAUCAGUUGCACUGUGAUAACUGUAACAGGUUUCUGGCAGAUCGUUUUGUAUUUGGUGAAUGUCCGUACUGUCAUUUUGAUGAUGCACGAGGGGAUCAAUGCGACGCCUGUGGAAAAUUAAUAAAUGCCGUAGAAAUAAUAAAUCCUCGAUGUGACUUAUGCAAGGCGACGCCUGUUGUGAAACCAUCAAGUCAUAUCUUUCUUCAUUUAGAUAAAUUAGCAGGUGAAGUAGAAAAGCAUUUAAAUAAGCAGCUCAGUUCGGGGAAAAAUCACUGGUCAGCAAAUGCUAUUUCAAUUGCAAAAAGUUGGCUGAAAGGUGGUUUGGAAAGGCGCUGUAUAACUCGCGAUUUGAAGUGGGGUGUACCCGUCCCAAUCGAUAGUUUCUCAAAUAAAGUAUUUUAUGUUUGGUUUGAUGCACCAAUUGGUUAUUUAUCAAUUACGAAAGAAUACUUAGGAGAAGAUUGGUCACAGUGGUGGAAAAACCCAAGCAUUGUGGAUCUCUAUAAUUUUGUUGGAAAAACUAUUUUUCCUUUUCAUGAUAACGUUGCGUUCCAUGCUGUUAUGUUCCCUGCCACCCAAAUUGGUACUGGUGACAACUAUACCAUGGUUAAUCGUCUAUGCGCAACAGAGUACCUAAAUUACGAGUCUACGAAGUUUAGCAAAUCGCGUGGUACAGGAGUUUUUGGCGAUAUGGCUGCAGAAACUGGCAUUGAUGCCGAUAUUUGGCGAUUUUACUUGUUAUACAUUCGCCCCGAAACACAGGAUACUUCGUUUUCCUGGGAUGAUUUCUCAUUAAAGGUCAAUACGGAGCUUCUGAAUAAUUUGGGCAAUUUUGUGAACCGCGCAUUAAUGUUCUUAUCCAAAUAUUUCAAUGGUGUGGUACCGGAUAUGUACCUCGAGGAAGAGGACAAAGCAUUAUUAGCACAGGUUGCAUCUGACUUGAACGAUUUCGAUUCAUGUCUCAGUUCGGUGAAACUUCGCGAUGGUAUCGUGAAAGUCCUUUCUAUAUCAAGACAUGGUAAUUUAUAUAUGCAGUCAACACAGCCAUGGGUUUUGCUCAAAGGAAAUGAAAAUGACAGGAGACGAGCAGGUACCGUGAUUGGUGUGGUAGCAAACUUAACUUACCUAAUCGCGGUUAUGAUUUAUCCUUACAUGCCGUCCAUUAGUGAAAAGAUACGGGAACAUUGUGGUCAUCCGACAUUGGCUUUGCUGCCGAGGACUCCAAUUGCGUUCUUAAAACCUGGUCAUAAAAUUGGCGAGCCGAAACCGUUGUUUGUGAAAAUGGAAAAAAGUACAAUUGAUGAUUUCAAGAAAAGAUUUGGUGGUGUCGAUGAAUCAGUUGUUAACGAACAAAUGAAAAAAAGAAAUUAG